AAUGCUAAGGCUAAACCCAGAAAUAAGUUGAUGAGUAAGGACCACGAAUGAAAUUCCUCUCGAUACUCGAACUUACAGUUUUGAUACUCAACACAGCCUCAAAAAAAGAUAAGUGGAGCUCUGUGCGAUUUGAUGAGCCAAUCUCAGCUGAUCUUGAGGCUGAUUACUUAUAUUUGAAAACUGGAAGUGCUGUGAAAAGUGGUGACAAUACAUCAAUAUGGUACUUAGAUGAAGAAAGAAACCUGGCAGGCGGUAUUAGUAUCUUGUUUUCGUCCACAGUAAAGUAUAAACUGCUGAACUGUCAGCAGAAUUACAUUAACUUCUCGACUAGUCUACCAGCAGAACAAGAUAAAGAAUGGAUAAUUAAGAAAAGUGGUCUUAAAAUCAUAAUUUAUUGUAACAGAAAGCAUGUGGGUAAAUUCGAAGCAUCCCCCAAAAUGUGUGACCAUGUUGACUACAAUGGUACAGACGUUAGCUCAAACUGGAAUAAAUACUGGGAACGACAAGCGAGCAGUAUAAAAUUCUUACAUUCUAAUCGCUUGAACACUAGAUCGGAAUCCUACUUCAUAGGAUGCGAAGCUGGAAAAUAUCGAAAGUCUAGUACAAUGCAAUGUACAAAAUGCAAAGAUGAUCAGCCCAAUUCAGUUGGCAAGAUUACAUGCAAACUUUCGCCUUGUGCAAAAGAUACGAACAGCGAAAAAGAAUUAACAAAUUGUGAAUGUCCUCCAGGCCAUACUCAGAAUCUCAAUAAAUAUCUUGAUGGAUGUGUGAGGUGCGAAACAGGAACCUACAAAAAGUCCCACAUGACAAGAUGUACAAAGUGCGAUGAAAACAGCAUCAGUGCAGGGGGUGCUGAAUCCUGUUUUGUUUGUCCUCCUGGCACUGCUCCCGAUCAUCUCAAUAGUCAAUGUGGUUUUACAAUUGUUCUGUCGGUUGCGUUGAGUGUUGCCGUCGUUUCUUUCCUAACCACAGGAGUCCUCGUAAUAAUUGCUGCAAGAAAAUGUACGUGUUGGAAUGCAGUAGUCUGAAGCUGCAAAUCUUGUUAUUACUCCUCAGCACUCCUCAGCACUUCAAGUGCAAAGUCAUCGUAGGUGACCGAACUUUCUAGUUCUACCCCAAUAACCAUGACUUUCCACAUAUUAUGAGCUUUAGAUCGGAAUUGACGAAUCUUAUGUUCAUGUGCUGGUAUUUAAUAUUAAAUCUAAAAUAUAAGUAGAAAAGUAAGUUUGAACACAGUAAGUUUGGGAAUUGAAAAAUUAUGAUAUCUUUUCGAAAGGCAUGAUUUAAUACUGGAUUGGGAUUUUGUAAACAUUUCAAGAUAUAAUACAGAUUGUUGUUUAACUUUAAGAAGCUUUCA